AUGGAAUUGGGAUUACCACACAUCGUGUGUGAGUACGCUGAUGUUUUCCCUGAAGAACUUUCGGUAUCCAAGGAAGGAAUAGCGGUGGACGAAAGUAAAGUUGAAGCAGUGCUAAAUUGGAAACAGCCGACCUCGGAGUUCGAAAUCAGAAGCUUCCUAGGAUUGGCUGGAUACUAUCGAAGAUUUAUACCAGACUUCUCAAUUCUCGCCAAACCUAUGACAAGAUUGACUCAGAAAGGAGUGAAGCUGGAUUGGAAUGAAGCCUGCGAGAAAUCUUUCCAAGAACUGAAAAAGAGACUAACCAGUGCAUCGAUACUCAUCAUUCUCGAGCGGGGUGUAGAUUAUAUGGUUUACUGCGACGCAUCAAGAGAUGGCUUGGGAUGCGUGCUGAUGUAG